AUCGCACUUGCUCACCCCAAGGGUUACCUGUGACACCCUCGCAAUGACAAGAGGGCCCAGCGAAAGGGGGCCAGUAAAAGGAGUUUGGAUGAUACCCUAGCCCGCAAUUUGCAAGAAAAAAAAAAACUUCCCGACCGUGUUCUAUUUUUUUAUGCUUUUCGUCAUUUUGGAGUUCCUGUGGAGUUACCUGUGCUGUGAUCGAUCGGAGAAUAAGCGAGUUACUCAUCAGCUCCGAAUCGUUGCAUGAAACUGAGAGCGGGGCCGCAAUGAGUCGGAGAACACGACGCUGGAUUCUAAGAGUUUUACUUUGUUUGGGGAUUGUUUAUUUGAAAAUUGGUGGCUUCUCGUCGGUGGUGGCCCUAGGUGCGAGCAUAAUCUGUAACAAGAUCCCCGGUUUGGCUCCCAGACAACGGAUUAUCUGCCAGAGUCGCCCCGAUGCCAUUAUCGUCAUCGGAGAGGGAGCCCAAAUGGGCAUCAACGAGUGUCAGUUUCAGUUCAAAAACGGGCGCUGGAACUGCUCUGCGCUUGGAGAGAGGACAGUCUUCGGAAAAGAGUUGAAAGUGGGCAGUAAAGAGGCGGCGUUCACCUACGCCAUCAUUGCGGCAGGGGUGGCACAUGCCAUCACGGCGGCCUGUACGCAGGGUAACCUGAGUGACUGUAGCUGUGACAAGGAGAAGCAGGGCUUCUACAGCAAAGACCAAGGCUGGAAGUGGGGAGGCUGCUCGGCAGACAUCAGCUACGGCCUGGGCUUCUCCAAAGUAUUUAUCGACGCUCGGGAGGUCAAACAGAACGCGAGGACACUCAUGAACCUCCAUAACAACGAGGUGGGACGCAAGAUCCUGGAGAAGAACAUGCAACUGGAAUGCAAGUGUCAUGGUGUCUCAGGCUCCUGCACCACCAAAACCUGCUGGACUACACUUCCCAAGUUCCGCGAGCUCGGUUACAUUCUCAAGGAGAAGUAUGCCCAUGCCGUGCACGUGGAACCAGUCAAAGCCAGCCGCAACAAGCGCCCUAAAUUCCUCAAGAUCAAGAAGCCUUACUCUUACCGGAAGCCCAUGGAUACAGACCUGGUGUACAUAGACAAGUCGCCUAACUACUGCGAGGCGGACCCUCUGACGGGGAGCUUGGGCACGCAGGGCAGGGUGUGUAACAAGACUAUGAUGCAGCACAUCAGCGGCUGUGACCUGAUGUGCUGCGGCCGGGGGUACAACACACACCAGUACUCCCGCGUCUGGCAGUGCAACUGCAAGUUCCUGUGGUGCUGCUACGUUAAAUGCAACACCUGCAGCGAGAGGACAGAGGUGUACACAUGCAAAUGAGAAUAUUUAUUGGAUGCUGCGUGUGUGUGAUUGUGUGUGUGUGUGUGAUGAUGCAUGUGGAGCGUGUGGGUUCAUGUCUUUGCGUUUUCAUGGACAAACUGGAACUGUUAAACUUUACAAGAAGGCUGUUGUUACAGUCUUUUCACACAUAAUGAGGAACUACUGUACUGUGUCUACAGUAAGCUGAAGAUGGGGCGUCAGGAUUCUUUUGCACACAAAGCUCUUCAACCCUCUUCUCGGACUGCUGUGUUUGUUGGGGUGCGAUGUCGAAGCGGCACAACCAAACGACGUUAAUGGAAAAACUGCAACCGCGGCGCGUGGGACUCGGCGACCACGGCGUGACGUCAAGACUUUAAGCUAUACAGACAUGUUCUGACAUUUAUGAAACGGACCUCGCCGAUGCUAACGAAAUAUGGUGGAUGUGAUUGCUGGGCAGGACACACUGCUGUAGUUCUCACUCUGUGCACAGAUGACAUGAGACAGCCAUUUGGAAUAUUUAACAUACUGUAUUUAGAGAAUGAAAAUAAUUAAUAUUAAUUUAUUCUAUUAAAAGAAACAACAACUACUGAUUUUGUCCAUUAUGGAUAAAAAAAAUAACUAAAUGUCGGGAGGUUUUAGUGUAUUAAAGCAAUCAAAACUUGCCCACGGUUAACACACUGGAUUUGAAUCUUCCUGGAAUAAUGUCUUUUAGAAUAACAUUGUUCCAGAUGAAACUACUGUAGGCUACUCACAUUGACCUUCUGACCCUCUCAUGAGUUUGUCUUCCCUCUGUUUGCUGCUAGUCUAGAGAAUCCCCCUUGUUGAGGUAGAAGGCUGUACGCUCUACUGACUGCCUUCAGUGGCAUUGCUUACUUCAAGCCGAUUUAGCUUAACAGGACUUAUUCACUGAUCAAAAACACAGGCACAUUUUCCACUUUUGGUAAAUAUUGGUUAAUAGAGUAUAUUUUGUAAAAGCCUAUUUUUAUAUGAAUGUCUUAUUUAUAUCUUUUGCAUAUUCAUUAUGUCAAGUUCCGACCCCGACACCUGUUUUUAAACCCUUGUGAAAAAAAGCUGAUAUGUAAGUUGGCCCCUGCUGUCACUGCCAUAGUUGUAUACUGUAAGUGAUAGAAACUGUUUAUACGUGUCUGUGUUCAAACGUCUGUGUUUACUGCGUUUCAUGACUACUACUGAUGAAAUACAGGAACAGAA